CCGAGGAAAAAAGAAAUCUCACGUGAAAGCCGACGACAAACCAAGGAGACAGCCAUAGACAGGAAGAGCGAGAGGCCUGGAGACUGAGCAGAGCACCAAGGAAGGCGGCUGAGGAGGCAGCACGAAGAUGUCAUGGCAGUUACCAGUGCGCAAGACUUUGUCCGCCAAGAAGUGAUUGGCAGGGGCAGCUAUGGUAUUGUCUACAGAGGGCAGCACAAGGAGUCGGGCGCGCUCGUCGCCAUCAAGGUCCUGAAUCUCGAUACGGUCGAGGAUGAGGUCAGUGACAUUCAAAAGGAGAUUGUCCUCCUACAGUCCCUCAAAUCGGGCGACGCGCAAAAUGUCGUCAAGUAUCACGGCAGCUUUUUGAACGGCAUGCGCCUCUGGAUCAUCAUGGAUUACUGCGAAGGAGGCUCCAUCCGAACACUUAUGAAGUGCGGCAGGAUCGAGGAAAAGUACAUUGUCAUUAUUGUGCGCGAAGUCCUUGCUGCCCUCAUCUAUAUCCACAAGUCACACAUGAUUCACCGCGACUUGAAGGCAGCCAAUAUACUCGUCACGAACGAUGGCCGUGUGCAGCUCUGUGAUUUCGGCGUCGCAGCGCAACUUGCUGCGAAUCACUUCAAGCGCAAUACCUUCGUUGGUACCCCGUAUUGGAUGGCACCGGAAGUGAUCUCAGACGGACUCAGCUACAACUACAAAGCAGACAUCUGGAGUUUGGGCAUCACCAUCUACGAGAUUGCCACUGGUAAUCCACCGCACGCUGAUCAAGAGCCAAUGAGAGCCAUUUUUCUUAUUCCACGGUCGCAACCGCCGCGUUUGGAAGGGCCCCAAUUUUCCAGUGCGCUUAAAGAGUUUAUUGCUGCUUGUUUGUGUGAGAAGCCAGAGGAGCGACUACCAGCCUCAGAGCUGCUUAAACUCAAGGUCAUUAAGCAAACAGCAAAGACGCCAACCAGCAUACUCAAAGAGCUGGUCGCACGAUAUGAAGCAUGGCGCAAGUCUGGCGGCGUACGACAGUCUAUCGCGAUCCAAGAUGACCUGGCAGAUGAAGAUUUUGACGGCAAGUUUGGCUUGGAUGAUGAUAUCGGCAAUGGUCAAGACGGCUGGGACUUUGGCACGGCGAGGAAACCAAUGAAGCCGCCUCGACUGGAAAUGACGUGGGAGCAGUCUGCUUCAGCAACAGAGGACUUGCUCAAGACUAUCAAACCCACAACGCGAGAAGAGCAGCGUCAGCUUGAUCACCCGCUCCUCAAGUUGUUCGGUGAGGUGCCUUCAACAGAGGCAGCAGAAACAAUACCUCAGACUCCAAUUGCAGAACCUCUGAUUGAAAUGCCAGCCAUGAAUGCCACAUCGCUUGCCACAGCUUCUAGUAUCAGCUUACCAUUCUUGCAGUCGGAGCAAACGCCACCCAUGUCGGCAAGGGAUGCUCUGCCAAGACCAGUCAGGCAGGAUUCUGCCAGUUCAGUCACAUCCACCAUUGGUCCUAGUUCGAGACAAACUUCACCUGUACGGACGGCCCCAACGCUGACGCCGGCAGGGUCGCCGUCUCGUCAACUUGGCAAGCCACUGGUUCUUCAAAGUAACGGCUCGACGCAGUCGUUGCCUGAAGCGAUGCCUCGCAUGCAACAGCCAAUGCCCAACAGCAAGCGCGAAGGUAUGCACAUUCGGAAGCCAUCAAAUCUCAAUUUGGUAUUGACGACACCAUCAAGCAAUGGCGGAUUUCAGUGGCAAAGCAGUGACUUGUCGCUUGCAUCGCCUGCGCGAGUCAAUAUGUCGAAUGGACAUGGCACAGCUGCAUCGACACCGACGACAAGCAAACCGCCCAUGCUGCCCCCGCUACACGUCCCAACAAAUGGCAAAGUGGAAAGUAUCCAACCGCUUGAGCCAUUGAAUCUGAGCGUCCUGGCUAAUGAAGACGCAGAUGCUGUUGUGGAGGAACUCGACAAAGUGAUUGUGGGCAUUCUAGAUAAGCUGCUUGCGGUGGAGAAUAACCUAUCGGCCAUGAGCCUCAAGCCAUCAGCCUCAUAGUUCAAACAUCAAGUCGCUUCGCAGUACCCAUUUGACCCCGCUUUUAACAGGAAGACCUUCAUGCAAGA